GGUAAAUACGGAAGUUUAAUUCGACAGACCGAUAGAAAAGACGAUGUCCUCAACAGAGACCGAUGAUUAUGUCAGCAAAUGUGGCUGUAAAGGAAUCCGAAGUUGUCUGUUAUGUGAGCGACUGAAGGAGGAAUACAUAUUAAACGGGAGCGAAGAGAAGGUUAAACUGCAAUUCUGCUACGAUCCCUUGCUAAAAUCAGCAGUACGUAAGGAUGGAGAACCUCCAUCCCUCCCCUUUCCAGGUGUCCUCCUCUGGGAAGACUUCCUGUCCAAACAGGAGGAGGAAGAGCUUGUACACGAGAUGGACAAAAACAUCUGGAGCCCGUCCCAGUCGGGACGCAAAAAACAGGACUUUGGGCCCAAGGUCAACUUCAAGAAGCGGAAGGUGCGUCUGGGCAGUUUCCAGGGCCUGCCAGCCAUCAGCCGGCCCCUGGUGGAGAGGAUGGUUCAGCAGCCCAUCCUGGAGGGCUUUCAGCCUGUGGAGCAAUGCAACCUAGACUACCACCCCGGGCGUGGCUCCUCCAUCGACCCGCACCUGGACGACUCCUGGCUGUGGGGCGAGCGCCUGGUGACCGUCAACAUGCUCUCGGACAGCGUGCUCACCAUGUCCCUCCCAGCAGCGCAGGCACUAGAACUCAGACUAGGGAGCGAGGACACAAACCGUGACGAGGAUGACCAGGAGGUACAGGUGGCCGUCCGUCUCCCCCGCAGGUCGCUGCUGGUGCUAUACGGCGAGGCACGCCACAAAUGGAAACACGCCAUUCACAGGAGGGACGUCCCGGCACGCCGGCUGUGCAGCACGUACCGAGAGCUGUCGAGCGAGUUCCUGCCAGGGGGGCCGCAGGCAGAGGUGGGGCUGCGGCUGCUGGACGUGGCCCUUAGCUUCAGCCACACCGCCAGUUGACGGGACGCAACUGGCGGUGUGCGGGACGCACAUUUAAGGACUAGUGACUGUUUUUAACUUUUGAACUGCCACUCGAGCACUCUGCUCUUUAGUUUUUUUGCGAGUUACAUGUACACAGGCCUUUGUGUAUCCAACACUGAAGAAUAAGACUAAGAGGUUUCUUAAAGAUUACAUUAAUCAUAACAGUAAUAAUGGGACCUAAUCAUUUAAUCUUGACUCACUUCGUGUCACCAGUGGAAAAAAAAUAUUCAGUACAAAUUACUGCAAUAGCAUUACAAAAAAUGUACAAUAAACAAUAACAAAAA